GAGAGAACAAUGGCACGGCGAGUACUAUUGUUAAUUUCGGCACUCUCUCUUGGUUUAGUGCAAGGACAAGUCAGCUACUCUAUCCCCGAGGAGAUGGCGAAAGGCUCUGUUGUCGGCAACAUAGCGCAGGAUUUGGGACUGGAUCAAAAAAGGCUGAUAUCGGGUAAAGCUCGUAUUUAUACCGGAGAAAGUGCACAAUAUAUCGAGUUGAGCAGAGAGAGAGGGAUGCUCGUUAUCAAAGAGAGAAUUGACAGAGAGGCUCUUUGUGGACAGACGACGCCCUGCGCUCUCCAUUUUCAAAUAAUUCUGGAGAAGCCAAUGGAAUUAUAUAGAGUUACGGUGGAGAUUACCGACAUUAAUGACAAUUCUCCACUUUUCACAAUGAAGGAGAUGAAAUUUGAAAUAAGCGAGCUUUCACAGCCAGGAACUCGGUUCGUGUUGGACACUGCAAUUGACAAUGAUGUCGGCGUCAAUGGCCUUCAGAGAUACACGCUAAAGCCUACUGAAUAUUUUGCUUUGAAAAUGCAUAAUUUGGCCGAUGGCGCAAAGAGUGUUGAAAUGGUUUUACAAAAGCAACUAGAUCGAGAAAAACAAGAACGCAUGUCUCUAUUGCUCACCGCUUUAGAUGGCGGAGAGCCUCAGAUGUCUGGCACGAUGGAAAUCAUUAUAACGGUUAUAGAUGCAAACGAUAAUGCCCCGGUUUGUUCUCAGUCUAUUUAUAAGACCAUCGUAAAAGAGAAUGCACCAAAAGGCACCAUUCUGACAACAGUUAGGGCAUCCGAUGCUGACCAGGGUUCGUAUGGUAUUGUCACAUAUGCUCUGUCAAGCACUGCAAAAGGUUUAGCAGAAUUGUUUCAGGUAAACAGCAAUGAUGGCAUGUUGACAUUAAUAGGAGGCAUCGACUUUGAAAAAAAUAAGCAAUAUCAGAUUUCAGUACAAGCGAAAGACCAGGGUGGCCACUCUGAUUCCUGCAAAGUAAUCGUGGAUGUCACAGAUGUAAAUGAUAACAGUCCCGUCAUAAAUAUAAUUUCUGAAUCAAAUGAAAUAUCAGAAAAUUCAGAAACUGGGACUGUUGUAGCUAUGAUGAAUAUACAAGACGCAGACACAGCCGAGAAUGGCAAUGUGAAAUGUGCUCUUAAUGAGGAUAUCCCUUUUAUCAUACAGUCUUCAUCCGAUGGGUUUUAUAGUAUUGUCACGGAUAAUGUACUGGAUCGAGAGCAAGUCUCGGUGUAUAACAUUACAGUUGUAUGCUCUGAUGACGGCAUGCCAUCUCUGUCUAGUAGCGUAAUGCUCUCCUUAAAGAUAACAGAUGUAAAUGAUAACGCACCUGUGUUCGAUAGUGCUAUGUAUGAGGCUUCCAUAUUAGAAAAUAACGCACCAGGUGUUUCAAUAUUCAGCAUUAAAGCAAAAGACGCGGACUGGAACCAAAAUGCCCGUGUGUCUUAUAUUCUAGAGGAUUCGUCCGUUAAUGGAGUGCCUAUAUCCUCUUAUGUAUCUGUUAGUGCUGACAGUGGAGUCAUUAAUGCACUUCGUUCUUUCGACUUUGAGCAGAUAAAGAGUUUUCAGUUCUAUGUGAAAGCGCAAGAUGGAGGAUCCCCUCCGCUGAGCAGCAAUGUUACUGUUAGGAUACAUGUUCAGGACCAGAAUGACAAUGCGCCACAGGUACUUUAUCCGGUUCAAACCAGCAGCUCUGUGGUAGCUGAGAUUGUGCCUCGUUCCGCAGAUGUGGGCUACCUUGUUACUAAAGUGGUGGCUGUUGAUGUGGACUCUGGACAGAAUGCUUGGCUGUCAUAUAAACUGCAAAAAGCGACAGACAGAGCACUGUUUGAAGUGGGCGCUCAGAAUGGAGAAAUAAGAACAAUACACCAAGUCACUGAUAAAGAUGCUAUCAAACAAAAGCUUGUCAUUGUAGUGGAGGACAAUGGUCAGCCCUCCCGCUCAGCCACUGUUAAUGUCAACGUGGCUUUGGCGGACAGUUUUCCUGAGGUGCUCUCGGAAUUCACUGAGUUUACGCAUGACAAGGAAUACAACGACAAACUGACUUUCUAUUUAGUCCUGGCCUUGGCUGUGGUUUCCUUUCUUUUCAUCGUGUCCAUAAUAGCCAUACUAUCUGUAAAAUGUUACAGAUGGAGACAGGAGAAGAUGUUUUAUAAAUCCAACGGGAAUCUUCCAGUCAUCCCGUAUUAUCCUCCUCUCUAUGCUGACGUAGGUGCUACAGGAACAUUGCCACACGUGUACAAUUAUGACGUGUGCAGAACUAUCGAUUCUAGAAAGAGUGACAUGAAAUAUGACAGAACGUACAGUCGAAGCAUCGUCAGUCUGGAUACUAACGGAACAUGCACACUGCCUCAUUUGCAACCAGAGAAACUAGUUAACGAGGACUCCACGGACCAGCACAAAUCAGACAGUGACACCUCCCCUGUUGGAAAUCGUGAAAGGAAAGAGAAGCUGCAUAAAGAGCAGUAA